UUCCAUUCAAUUCGUUUCUCUCUCGUUUCCGGAUCAUGUUCCCACUAUGGCUAGCAAACUAUUCACCAUCGCACUAGUGGUUGCUUUAGCCGCAACUUUGAUUAAUAUCUACGUGAAGAAUAAGGGUGAGACUCGGUACCUGUUCCACACAGAAUGGUAUGACCCUGUGUCGGCAACUGUCCGGAAAUUCCUCCUGAGUUUUUUCCCGCGAGAUAACUCCGUGGAAAUGUAUGAUUUGCGGUCCCAGCGUCUGUUUUUAAAGCGCUUGGCCAUUGAGGGGUUAGAUGAAAAGGAUUUUUAUCUGGGCAAUACCAUAGUUGUGCUUUCGAGACAAUUGAAGAUCACGGAAUAUGCAGAUUCCACCACCAGGGAUAUCAUAAGCUCUAAGAGACAGAGAACUUUUGCAAUGGUGAAGCCUGACGCAGUGCACAGACUGGGUGAAGUCAUCGACGUGAUCCAGAGCAGGAACUUCGAGGUGAGCCAGAUGAAGAUGGUGCAGCUGACGCGAGCCCAAGCGGGACUGUUUUACCGCGAGCACGAAGGCCGGCCGUUUUUCGAGCCCCUCCUAGACUACGUAACAGGAGGCCCAGUCGUAGCCAUGGAGCUGAUCACAACCAAUGCCGUGCAGCGAUGGAGGGAGACUCUGGGCCCGACAGAUGCGGAGCUGGCAAGACGAGACCAUCCCGACACCAUCCGCGCCAAGUUCGGGAAGGAUAAGCAGUCAAAUGCAGCCCACGGAUCCGAUUCGGAUGUGGCGGCCACUAGGAAUGACUUGUUGGUCAUGGGUCAGGAGUUCUUCUUCCCUUCCUCCAAAGUUCAUGACGUAAUGGUGCCCCAGACAACAGCAAGAUUCUUGAAUAAUACGUGUUGCAUCAUUAAACCCCAUGCAAUAGCAGAUGGUAACAUGGGCAGCAUACUCAAAGCAAUAAAAGACGAGGGAUUUGAGGUGUCGGCUCUCCAGAUGUUCCGCAUGGACAAAAUUCAGGCCGAGGAGUUUUUGGAGGUGUACAAGGGCGUAGUUAGCGAAUAUCCGGGUAUGCUACAACAGUUGAUCUCGGGCCCUUCAGUUGCCAUAGAGAUCACGAGCAUCCACGCAGGACAGACUCCAGUUAAAUUUAGGGAAUUUGUAGGACCAGCUGAUCCAGGUAUGCUACAACAGUUGAUCUCGGGCCCUUCAGUUGCCAUAGAGAUCACGAGCAUCCACGCAGGACAGACUCCAGUUAAAUUUAGGGAAUUUGUAGGACCAGCUGAUCCAAUCGUGGCCAAAGAACUACGGCCCAACAGUCUAAGAGCUCGAUUCGGGGAGAACACCGUCAAGAACGCUCUUCAUUGCUCGGAUUUGCCGGAGGAUGGUCCCCUCGAGGUGGAAUAUUUCUUCAAAAUUCUUCAGUGACUUAGUUUUCAGCACAUACGGUACACGCAUUCCAGUGCAGUUUUCAACGACUGCCAUUUUUAUAUAUUUGCAAUAAAUGUAUAUCAGUGUCUUUGGAGGAAUUCCCCUUUUUUGCUAAACUUUCAUGUUUGAUGUCCAUCAUAAAGUAUGUUGUACUGUUAAUGAUAUUUUGUUAUUAACCCAUUGGAUCCAAGGUGCAUUGCUGCCCGCAUGUAGCUCAAAUCUUGGUAUUAGGCUUACUUAAGCGGUGACUCUCCCCCAUGUGGCUCUUAGGCCCGGCUGGUGCAAGUGUUCAUGUGCGUUGUCAAGACUUUUUGCCGCCUCUUUGCAAAGUUAUUAUAUCUUUUUCUACAUAGGUAUAUUUUUUUAUUUAUUUAUUUUUUUUCCCGUCCCUAUUUUCCAAUGUCUGUGUUUGUCAUCUGAUGUUCUGUAUCAAGAUGGUAAUGAACGAUUUUCCUUGCACAGACUCCAUAUCAUCUCUCAAGGCAGUCCAUAACAAAAUAAAAACAAUAAUAGCAAGUAAUGUCUUGUUAUAUUUGUCAUUUGUCAUUCUGAGCACAGAAAUAGUGUCUUCCUUGGAGCCAGCACUCCUCCAUUCAUGGCUCAUGGCACAUUCUGCACCCAUUUACCAAUGAAAAUAAUGCAAAAGCCCAUUCCUAAAUGCCCACUGAGUCUCAUGACCCUUCAAGAAAGUUAUGAACUCAGUGGCGAGUCAUUCCUGACAUCCUGGCCAUCAGCCAGAUUUUUAAUGACAGUAUGGUCCCAUCACCCCAGCCCUCAGUCAAAAUGUUUCAUGGUGGCAAGUUCCCAUAACCUAGCCUUCAGCCAAGUUUUUUGCUAUGUGAUGGUCAGACCACCUGGAUCCUUAGGGUUAAAUAUAGGGUUUCAGAAUAAGCUUGUACUGCCUUUUUCAUGGUUCAUUGAAUAAAUUAUAUAUAUUUAAA